AUGUCUUCCUCCGCAUCAAUUGCCCCUGCUCCCGCAGCAAACAUUGUCCAGAGCAACCCUCCUGCCGUCUCAUCAAGGCAAUCCGCCGACUACGACACCGCAUACCCCAUCGAGGUCCGCAAGUACCUCCGCACAUACGGCCUGACUCCUCCCGCCGUCGAGAGCUUCGAGACACAAGAAAAGAGAUGCCUUCAGCUCCUUGAGAACAAGCAAAAUCCCAUCGACAAGUACCAAUACCUCACCCACCUGAGAAACACAAACGUCAACCUCUUCUACCGUCUCUUGUCUGGCAACGUCAAGGAGAUCACCCCCGUCAUCUACACUCCCACCGUCGGCGAGGCCUGCCAGCGAUGGUCAGAAAUCUACACCCAGCCUGAGGGCAUGUACCUCUCCUUCUCCGACAAGGGCAACCUCCACUCCAUCAUCCAGAACUGGCCCCACAACGUCGAGAUCACCGUCGUCACUGACGGUUCCCGUAUCCUUGGUCUCGGUGACCUUGGUAUCAACGGCAUGGGUAUCCCUCAGCUCCGCAACGACCCUCUGUACAUGGGCAGCAGACGUGACAAGGUCACCGCUGAUGAGGAGCGUGAGUUCCUUGAUGAGCUCAUGGCUGCCCUCACCGAGCGCUGGCCCGGCAUCGUCAUCCAGUACGAGGACUUCAAGAACCCCUUCCCUUCGCUCGAGCGCUACCAGAACACUUACACCAUGUUCAACGACGACAUCCAAGGUACCGGUGCUGUCAUCCUCGGUGGUUUCAUCAACGGUGUCAAGCAGUCCAAGGUUGCCGCCGCCGACCAGCGUGCCGUCUUCUUCGGUGCCGGCUCUGCCGGUGUCGGUGUUGCCAAGCAGCUCGUCGAGUUCUUCAUGAACGAGGGUCUCACCGAGGACCAAGCCAGAAAGUGCUUCUGGCUGGUCGACUCCAAGGGUCUCAUCACCAACGACCGUGGCGACAAGCUUGCCGAGCACAAGCUCUACUUCUCCCGUGACGACAACGAGGGCCAGCAGUACAAGACUCUCGAGGACGUCAUCGAGUACGUCAAGCCCACCAUCCUCAUGGGUCUCAGCACCAUCGGUGGUGCCUUCACUCCCGAGAUCAUCAAGCGUAUGGCCGAGUUGAACAAGAUGCCCGACGCUAUCAAGUACACCGAGGGCCGCGUCCUCUUCGCCUCUGGCUCGCCCUUCCCUGCCCUUGAGUACAACGGUCAGACUCUUGAGCCCGGUCAAGGAAACAACAUGUACGUCUUCCCUGGUGUUGGACUCGGUGCCAUCCUGUCCAAGGCCGUCAACGUCACUCAGUCCAUGAUCUACGCCUCUGGCAAGGCCCUCUCAGAGUCUCUCCUCCCUGAGGAGAUUGAGAAGAACUGGAUGUACCCCGACAUCCGCCGUAUCCGUGAGGUCAGCGUUGUUGUCACCUGCGGUGUCAUCCGUGCUGCCCAGGAGGCUGGUGUCGACCGCGAGCUCGGUCUGCGCAACAUGGACGACAAGGCUUUGACCGAGUACGUCCAGAAGCGCAUGUACGACCCCUUCACUGAGGGCAAGAAGGUUCAGGACGAGGUCAAGGAGCUCGCUUCCCACCUUUCCAAGCUCUAA